GAAAUGUGAACUGGGCGGAGUCUGUGUCAUUUUACUUCCUGGAUGUCCCUCAGUGACAGCGUAGCACGAUGAAAAUACUCACUUUAUUAAGCGUGUUCGCCCCAUAUUUAUUUACGGACAGCGUCAACAUCGAGAACAGUGCGGGGCAGUUCUUCAGCAGCGGUCACACGAACAACUGGGCAGUUCUGGUGUGCACGUCAAGGUUCUGGUUCAAUUACCGACAUGUGGCCAAUACUUUAUCUGUGUAUAGAAGCGUUAAGAGACUCGGCAUCCCAGACAGCCACAUAGUUCUGAUGCUGGCGGAUGACAUGGCCUGUAACCAUAGAAACCCCAAGCCCGCCACCGUGUUUAGCCACAAGAACAUGGAGCUUAACGUGUACGGAGACGAUGUGGAGGUGGACUACAGAGGAUACGAGGUGACCGUGGAGAACUUUCUGCGAGUUUUAACUGGACGACUGCCCCCCAGCACUCCACGCUCCAAACGCCUCCUUUCUGAUGAUCGCAGCAACAUCCUCAUCUAUCUGACAGGCCACGGAGGGAACGGCUUUCUGAAGUUCCAGGACUCGGAGGAGAUCAGUAACGUGGAACUGGCAGAUGCUUUUGAGCAAAUGUGGCAGAAAAGAAGGUAUAACGAGCUGCUGUUCAUUAUCGACACCUGUCAGGGCGCCUCCAUGUACGAGAGGUUUUACUCUCCAAACAUAAUGGCUCUGGCCAGCAGUCAGGUUGGAGAAGACUCUCUGUCGCACCAGCCAGAUCUGGCUAUAGGAGUCCAUUUGAUGGACCGGUACACCUUCUACCUGCUGGAGUUCCUGGAGGACAUCCACCCUUCCAGCAAAACCAACAUGAAUGAUCUGUUCAAAGUUUGUCCCAGAAGUCUGUGUGUUUCCACUCCGGGUCACCGCACCGAUUUAUUCCUGAGGAACCCAGAGAGCGUUCUCAUCACAGAUUUCUUCGGGAGUGUCCGUAAGGUGGAGAUCACCACAGAGGUCCUCAACUUAACUCAUCCAAUCCAGCGAGUGGAGGGGAGUUCUGUGAAUGGAGAGUCUCACAGAGAGGUUUACUCCUAUGUGGACCAGCUGCCCGUCUCUGAGAUCAUCCAUCAGAAACCAAAGCAGAAAGACUGGCAUCCCCCUGACGGCUUCAUCCUGGGCCUGUGGACUUUAAUCCUUCUGGUGUUUUUCAAGACGUACGGCAUCAAGCAUCUCAAACACAUCUUCUGAGACUUCGGCUUUGCACUGUUGGGCUUCUGGAGGCGCGAUGGGGAAGGCUGGAUGUCUCGCUGAAGAGAUUUUAGGGGAAAAAGUGCAGCUUUUGACUAUUUUUUAUUUUUUUUUCCCCACUCGGAAUGUUCAAAAAAGGCUAACUGUGACUACUGCUUCAGUGAAAAGCUGUUUUUACAUUUGUGUUUUCUGAGGAUCUGCUCUGUGUUUUAGGGUGUCCAGCUCUAAGCGGUUGCUCGUUGCACUGAACUGAGCCAGCAGAUGAUUUCAUUCAUGUAGAGAGUGGGAUGCUGCAUUUUCAGCAGCAUCCUAUUCGUUUAAGUGCUACUCCAAACAUUUGCUGGGUCAGAAAAGGAAAACAUGCAGCGAGAGCGUGCUGAUUGGCUGUGAGUGGGCUGUGAAGACGUUACUAUUUAAUGUCUUGCGUGUCCGUAUACAUUACCCCCUUUGGUCAUCCUAUCAUACUUAUGAGGGAGAGCAAUCACACAUAAUCCCAUCUCCCACGAUAGAGCCAUCUCCUUGUUCCAUUUUCUAAAUUGCCCUUCCUUUGAAAACAUCCAUUAGCUCCCUAGUCGUGUGCACUACUUAUUGUAUUCUGGGUGAUGGACAGCUUUUUCCCUGCCAGCUCUUUCCUGAAUCUCCAGUUCGUGAGUGGAAGCCUGGAAAGCCACGGGCCGUUCCAAAUGAGCCUCUGCUAUGCUGGGACAUGUUUUGCCUUUUCCAUUUUUUUCUUCCCUCGUCUGCUCUCACCUUGUCUAACUGUGCUGCGAUGGGGUCGUUGUUACCGGGAGCCGGGUGGGGCUUACGGAUCCGAGCCGGGGCAGUUUAUGGAGCCGCCCAUCGGCCUCUUUGCUUAAAUGGGAACCAGACAAAUGAAACACUGGACAGCAGCUGCAGCGCCAUCACUGUUCACUUAUAACUCUAAUCUUGUUCCUCCUGCUCCCAGAAAGCUUUGAUUUCCACAGCUGCAGGAUUUUCUCAAUAAAGAACUAAAUAAAACCAUAUUUAUUUCUUUUAAGCUAGCCAAUUUGUUUCUGUAUUAAUUGGUCUUUAAUAGUGAUACAAAGUAAUACCCCUCUAAAUCUGUGUGAUCUCUUCUUUUUAAAUCAGAUUUGCUUGGACUGGACCCAAGUCUGAAUGUCUGCCAGUCUAAGUAGAUACUUAAAGCUUUUUUAUUCCUCAAAGACCUCCUUGGAUCUGUGCAGACUGAGCUGACUUCCAGCCCUCUGAGCCUUUUUUCCUUCUGGAAACACUUCAAAUAGCCCACAGAGGCUUUAAUGCUGUUUUUUUUUUUCCUUCUGCGGUGUGAAAACUAAAAGAAACAAAGCGGCAUCACUAGUCUCCACACACACGGUGUGCAGCAGCGGCAGCUGAGACGACUCAAAGCCGCUGCACCUGGAAUGCCGUCGUUUGAUGUUAAACCCACUAGAGAGUGGACUCCAUGUUCGGCUUUCCUCUUCUUCAGCACCUGGAAACGGCGCUGCCUUCUCUUUGUUGCUGGGAUUUUUCCGUGCUAAUAGAGACCUGCGUCUACCUCCUGCCACGCCCGGCGCUCCAGGGAAAAGUCAGACAGGAGCGUUUCCGUGCAUCCCUCUCCAGGAAGAGCGGCACUUGAGGCAGAAAACUCACACGGGGUGAAAUUCAACACACGUGCUAAAAUUGAUCAGUUGUUCCCUCGCGCAUUAAUCUGACGGCUCGAUGAAUGUCUCACUGCAGAUUCUGUUUUUCACUUUUCCGUUUUAAAAGUGUAAAAGGUUUGAAAUUCCUGCUGCAUGUUGUACUGAUGGGAAAAGUGCCUGACAAGAAUGAAUGAGGAAAAGAUCCGGCUGACAUCCUCCAGCUGAACAUCAGGAAUGAAGAGAUUCAUCAGCUAUUCAUGCCAAUUCAAAAGUGUUUUGGAGUAGUUUGGGGUAUGAAAAACCUCAUUCAUGGAUGAGGUCACGACCUACGUUCAUGCAGGAAGCAGACAAAAGUGAGGAUGUUCUGACUUUGUGGGAAAAAAACACAAAACUUUAUUUUUAAUGUUGCAUUUUGAAUAAAGAUGUGUUUAAAAGGA